CUUCAGGACUCCAAACAGAAGGAAUCGCAGAAUCUUCAACCCACAAUUGUUUUUAAGAGAGAAGGGAGCAGCAGCCACAAGUAGAAAGAUCUACGUUCUCACAGCCAUUUCCCGACGUCUAAGUAAGUGACUGGAAAUAUGGGGGACAGACGUAUCCGUUACGUAGAUAUUGAGGUUGAUGAUGAUGAAUGGCAUUAUGAGCGGUAUCCAGAUGGAGAAUGGCACAGAGUCCAGCGACGCCAGCGUCCGCUGACGGGCAGAAGGGUAGCCAAGGCUGCUGGGAAGGCGGCACUAAAGGGCGCUGGCGCAGCAGCUGAUCGCAUGCUCAUAAGGAAUGGGAUUGGGCUAGAAGCUAAAGCCAGUGUUAGUAAACAUGAGACAGAGCCAGCUGAAGUGCAUGUGGCUGAAGUGGUCAAACUGAGGAUCUUAUCAGCUGACGCAGGCGCCCGGGCCCUACAUGCAUCUGCAGUUGCGUCCGCAUCACCUGUUGGAGCAAAUGCUUUAGCUAAAGCAAAUAUAGCGGAGGCCGAAGCCAAUGCUGCCCUUGUGGAGGGACUAAUUGAAGCCAACGCAAGAGCUGUUUAUUAUGGAGCAGAGGCGCAUGCAGGUUUUGGAGUACAGCAUCUUGGAGUCCAUGCAGGAGCUGCGGUAACAACAGCCAAAGCUGAAGUGGGCAUCGCCAACACCCCUCUGCAGGCCCACGUUCAGGGUCCCGGGGCAGACGCAGAGGCUGGGGUGUCCUGGAAGUACACAGGCGCGAGUGCCGGAGCAUACUUUGCAGAGGCGAAAGCUGGUCCCUUCGCAGCACGAGCUGGGGUCAAGUUUGGAGUAGGAAUAAGAAAUGGUGUCCCUGAAGUGGACCUGGGACCAGUCACAACUCCUUGCUCAGUAAUGUGAACCUGGGACCAGUCACAACUCCUUGCUCAGUAAUGUGAAUCACACAAGACCGAUGGUGCCCAUACAUAUAUAUGUAUGGGUAUAUAUAUGUAUAUGUGUGUGUAUGUAUGUAUAUGUGUGUGUUUGUAUGUAUGUGUGUAUGUUUGUAUAUGUAUGCACCCCAUUUGUUUGUUCCUGUCAUGUAAUGUGUUCCCCCUGGUGUCUCUUUUGAAUGUUAAUAAGGGGGAGCAAAUGUAGUAGGCUAUGGUAAAGAAGGUCAUGUCUA